AUGACUGAUCCAAAUCAAAACGUUUUUGUGAGACGCUCUUCCAUUUGGAGGUACUACGAUGAAGAAUUUGUCAGAGAUGAGGGUGCUCUCGUCCGGCUUUUUGCAAAAUGCAAACAAUGUGGUAAUAAGUUGGCCAUGAAAAAGAAUACUAGAACCAACCACCUAAUGAGGCACAAGACGACACAUGUCAAGGAGGCAGAGGAGGCGACGGCUAUGGCUGCGGCCGCGAGGCAAGACUACCGUGUGUGCAAAAAGAUAAAAAUAAAAAUAAAAUACCUGCAGACCACCAACAAAUCCACGAGCGGAGGGUCGAUCAAAGGUGGGGCGGAAGCGCCGAUCUUCCCUGGAUUCCCCAUGAGCAAGAGCAGCGGUGUCCGCGUGAGGGAACAACCCGGGGCUGACUCCGCGGCCGUGCCCGUCCCGGGGCCUUGCGUCUCGACCCAUCGGGCUCUCGCCGAGUGCCACCGCCGUGCCGCCCGCGGCCCGCUGCAGCCCGAGGUGCUGUGCCGGCACCUCAACCGGGCCCUAGCAGAGUGCGUGGUGAGCAUGUGCUGCCCCGGCGAGACCGAGACCGUGCGCACGCUCUGCGGCAGCUCUGGAACCGCGCUCAAGCGCUCCCAGUGCGAGCGCGCGCGCAUCGACCUCUCCCUCUGUCUCGAGGCCCAUACAUGACCUACACAACCCAUGUGCCCCGGUAUAUUCGUAUGCUUUUAUUUUUUCGAUUUUUUGUAAAAUCACUGAUGUUGGAUUGUGGCCUGGUUCCUGAACACCUCUUUAUGUAUAGUGAAUGCGUAGAGUGUAUAGUAAGAUAAGAGAGGAGCCAGGGACUCUGGAGACGAGAUGUGUUUUCUUGUUACUGAAUAGCUUCAAUUCCAAAUGCACGUUUAUGAUCAUGAAUUGCUGACUAUCAGCUUACAGUGGAUAAUAGAUUGGCAUGAAUCUAUAUCCUUGCCACUUUGAAAA